AUGGGCAAAGCUACAUCGGUCCUCCGUCGAGCACGUUUCCGCCUUCAUACGUCUCGCAGAACUAUGGACCCACCAGCAACACAUUCAACAAUUGUUAUCCCAGCCCACAACAGCCAGCGUACGGUGCAGUGUAUAUCCCGGUUGCUACACUUCCAGCGUUCCAGUAUCAUCAUCCCUACGAGAAUCCUCAGUCCUCACAAGCAGGACCUUGUCAUCAUUCCCUCCGCGAAUCCUCAGUUCUCACAAGCAGGACCUUAUCGUCAUCCCUCCGCGAAUCCUCAGUUCUCACAAGCAGGACCUUGUCAUCAUCCCGUUCCUUCAUGUCACUAUGAUCAUCGAGGGCAGCGGUACGAGCCUCAGACCUUCCCCCCUUAUCAUGCGGCUCAAGCCUACUUUGUCAACGAUCAGUAUGGAGGCGCAGAAUAUCCGAGACAGCAACCCUUCACGGACAAUCACCAUGUUCAGCAGCCUCCAACCAUACGAAUGGGCUUUGAUGACAGCUCCAACCCUAACACGAGAGCACGACCUCACGCCACUACAGACCUUCGUCCUCAAGCGCAGUCAUUCAUACCUCGAUCAAGCCGAAUUCGUAAGACCAAGACCAAGGCAUCGGGUCAAGUAGUUGACCUUCAAGAUGAGCGUAAUAACGACAAUUCUCGGUGUGAUGACGGCAAGCAGGAUGGUCUGUCUGGUCAACCGUCGUUGUCUUUGCCAAGAAAGCCUGAAAAAGUGGUGCCAUGGAAACGUCGGCGAGACAAUACGCCCACCAAGACAAGUCCCCAAGCAAAGCGACAUUCAAAGAUGCCCAUACCAGCCACCUGUGUUUCAAGCCAGACAAAUGAAGCUCAGCAAUCAGUCACACCCUCUGCCACACCUCAAUCAGUGCCAAGUGGCUCUCGAUCCAACUUACUGACUCAUGAUUCUUUGUCCGCAAGGGCGAAGAAUCAUGACUCGGGCAACUUAGGUCUGGAGCAGGACUUGACAAAGUCUUUCUCGACGUUUCGAACAUCAUUGACUGGCUCCGAAUCUAGAUUACAGAAUCAUGGUUCUUUGCCCGCACCGGUAAAGAAUCGUGAUUCGGGCAGUUCGGGUAUGGAGCAGGACUUGAGCAAACCUUCCGCGACGCCUCAUGCACCAUCAGGUGGCUCUCGAUCCAACUUACUGGCUCGUGGUUCCCAGUCCGCAGGGUGA